AUGCUUGGCAAUCUGUAUGUUUGGCCGGGACAAUAUUAUGCACAAUCACUUGUGGAUUUUCUGCGCCCGCAUGGACAGAUACCUGCUAAUAAUCUCUACGGUCUAUUGGGACCCUUCGAUACGACACCAACGCGCGAAAUGCUUCCAGUGGGAGGGGGAUUUUAUUUUAUCUUGCAGAAGAUGGAGUGGGUUCAAGCGCUUCCGUAUGCAUCGAUCUUUGCUAUGAUCGAUUCGAUUGUACUGUGAGU